AUGUUCAUCAAUACACUCGUAGAAGGAAAAAUCCCAGUAAAAGCGUUAAUUGAUACAACAUCUAAAUAUAAUACUAUUGGCAAACACUUAUUCGAUAAGCUUGAAUCUGAUCACGGAUUAGAAGGUAUAGUUGGUGAUGAUUUGAUAGGCGAAGAAAUAAAAGGCUUAGAUUUACAGUUUCAUUGGUUAUGGAUACGUGAAGCAAAAAUAAGCUUUGGACAUUCUCCCAAAACCCAUGUCCACCAUGCUAAAAUUGUAAUAGAUGGUAUGAGCAUCCCGUUAUUCGAUGAAGAUUUUAACAAAGCUAGCUUCACUAAAAAUAAUUUAUCUAAAUCAACAGAAUCUAAACCUGGUCUAGCUCAAGAGGAG